UGCGAGCGGACCGCGGGGCUCGGGCGCGGAGCGGGGGCGCGCAGCGCGGAGCAGCCAGCCCAGCCCAGCCCCGCGGCCAGAGAGGUGCCGGCGGGCGGCGGCGGCGGCGGCUUCCAGCCCGGCGGGUGCAGGGCCUCUGACAGAGCGGCGGCCGAGCGGGGCCUCGGCCGCGCGUUCCGGGCGGUGCUCGCCAUGUCGGGCGGGCUCCCCAAGGCCCUGCCGUCCACGGGGCCCCACUCCCUGCGCGACAUGCCGCACCCGCUGGCCGGCUCCAGCAGCGAGGAGGCCGUGGGCGGCGACAGCACGCCCAGCCCGGACCUGCUGAUGGCCCGCAGCUUCGGCGACAAGGAUCUCAUUUUGCCCAACGGUGGAACUCCAGCAGGCACUUCGAGUCCAGCUUCUUCAUCUUCUCUUCUCAACAGACUUCAGCUUGAUGACGACAUCGAUGGUGAGACCAGAGAUCUCUUUGUCACCGUUGAUGAUCCCAAGAAGCAUGUCUGUACAAUGGAGACCUAUAUCACGUAUAGGAUCACCACCAAAAGUACCCGGGUGGAGUUUGACCUGCCAGAAUAUUCUGUUCGUCGAAGAUACCAGGAUUUUGACUGGCUGAGGAACAAACUGGAAGAAUCACAGCCCACUCAUCUCAUUCCCCCGCUUCCUGAGAAGUUUGUGGUGAAGGGUGUCGUGGAUCGUUUUUCGGAAGAGUUUGUGGAGACCAGAAGAAAAGCUUUGGAUAAAUUCCUAAAAAGAAUUACGGAUCAUCCUGUACUUUCUUUCAAUGAACACUUUAAUGUUUUUCUUACUGCUAAGGACCUGAAUGCCUACAAGAAGCAAGGGAUGGCGCUGCUGACCAGAGUGGGCGAGUCGGUCAAGCAUGUCACCGGAGGCUACAAGCUGAGGAGUCGGCCUCUGGAGUUUGCAGCCAUCGGCGAAUACUUAGACACGUUUGCACUCAAACUGGGAACCAUAGAUCGGAUAGCCCAGCGGAUCAUCAAAGAAGAAAUAGAGUACCUUGUAGAGCUCAGAGAAUAUGGGCCUGUGUACUCCACGUGGAGCGCGCUGGAGGGGGAGCUGGCCGAACCCCUGGAGGGCGUGUCAGCGUGCAUCGGCAACUGCUCCACAGCCUUGGAAGAGCUGACAGAUGACAUGACAGAAGACUUUCUGCCUGUGCUCAGGGAGUAUAUUUUAUACUCUGAUUCCAUGAAGAGCGUGUUGAAGAAGAGGGACCAAGUGCAAGCGGAGUACGAAGCCAAACUGGAAGCCGUGGCUCUGAGAAAGGAGGACCGCCCCAAGGUGCCCACGGACGUUGAGAAAUGUCAGGAUCGGAUGGAGUGCUUCAAUGCUGACCUGAAAGCCGACAUGGAGAGGUGGCAGAACAACAAGAGGCAGGACUUCCGGCAGCUGCUCAUGGGAAUGGCUGACAAGAACAUCCAAUAUUAUGAGAAGUGCCUCAUGGCGUGGGAGUCGAUUAUUCCACUUCUACAGGAGAAGCAAGAGGCCAAGUGAGUUCCUUCUGGGGACAGAGGCUCUUCUACCUACACAGGGCACGCACGCCACCCCGGAAUGUCCCUGCUGUGCCAGAGAGCAGGCACCGAGCAAGCAACCACAGAAACAUCUCUCCUCGUGUCUUUCUUUCCCUUCCCCACCUGCCUUUGUCUGACAGUUGUUUUCACUUAGUAUUUAUUCCCUGGCGGAGGUGUAAGGCUAUAAUCAUCUCUCAGCAAAAGCCGCAGACCUCCGUGCUGUGAAGGAACCUAUGACACGGAACACUACGAAGAUUCAAAAGUGAGGGACCAGACAUCCUCAGUUGACACUCUGACAUCUUGUCACAGUUUCCUGUUCUGGGACAGCGGAGCUGCCUGUUGCGGAAGAGAACCCGGGCCCCGCUUUUCAGGGAUGUGAGAAAGGUACAAACAGGAGGCCAUUCUUGCUUCCCAUGGACACACAGCAGCUCUGGACUGACCUCUGUGGGCAACGACAUGUCCCAGCCUGGCAGGAGGUGUUGGCACCUCCGUGGAAGGUCCUUAAUGUACAGUGGCCUGCUCGUGAUGAGUGGUGCCCGUUUGAUGGUUUCUGGUUCGCGUGGGGCCAUUUAAAUCAGUGUCUAAAUGCAUCCGAACUAGAGCCAGCCAGCCAGCGUCCUUGUCCUUACGCGAUGCCUCGGGGAGCUGGAGGACAGGGCUCCCCAAACUUGUUUCUGACACUAUAAUGCAGAAGAUUGGAAACUGUUUCUGUGUAAAAUGAAAAAAAAAAGGUGCAUUUUUCUCUGUGACGUCCUUCCAUGUUGUUGUUUUGUUUGUGAAAUGUCAUCAAAGUAGAGAGUAGGCCUGUGGGGGAGUAGCUAUAGUCUCGAAGUCAGGGUAGCUCCCCCUGUUGUUGAGAUCAUGGGGCCGAUACCAAGCCCCGCCUCCCACAUCUGCUUUGUGCAAUUGCCUUUACCUCACCAAAAAGUCCUAGUUUAAUGUUUCCUAUUACGUCCACUGAGUGCUCGGGCAACGUGUUGGUGAGAGGCCGGUGUGUGGUUAUAACACAGUUGAGAUUCUGCAAACUCAGUGUGAGUGUCCUACAGGAAGUGCUUUAACCCCUACUAUUUCUGAGCAGGAGGCAAGUCAGUCCCGGUCACACCUGCACUGUGACACGGGUGGCAGUGGACUCUGCUUCUGGUUGAGCUAAGGUCAGUUUGUAGCCAAGUUCCUGGGGCCUGCUGGCUGCAUCUAGUCUUUAUUCCAAACUAUUACCAGGUUUCCUUUUAAAAUCAACAUCAAACAAGCAGAUUGGGGGGGAAAAAAGAUCUAUCUUCCAACCAGGUUUUUUCUUCUCCUAAAAGGAAGCUACAUGUCACGUUUGUGUUCUUUCUUCUGUGGCUCAUCCUUAUAAAAUUAUAAAUCUGAGCCUCAACUACGUGGUAGUUUUCUCUUUUUUUUUUAACGAAGCAGCUGUGCGGAGACAGCGCUGCACGUGGAAGGUAACCUGCAGACGCCGCCAGCCCGCGUGCGGCACGUGGAAGUCCCUCCACUCCACUUCCGACGGCGGAGCUGACCUGGUGUCAGCCACGCUGUGAUGCUGCCGGGGCAGCAGCUGGACGGCACAGGACAGUUGGUUCUGUUUCAUCAUGUUUGAAAAAGUCGCGGUUUAAAUUAUAAUUUUUAUAUCAAUGGGUACUUCACUGCACUGUUAGACCCUGUUUGUGCUAUGCUCAAAUCCUUUGAUGUGAAUUUUCAGUUUGGUACGAUUAGAAAUGAUUCAUUGAAGUGGAUGGAUAAGAACAGUCCAUCUACCCCGAGGGGUGAUUCAGUGCUUCAUUCUACCUCUAAACCAUCACGUUGGUGUGGGCAUGGGUGCCCGGGUCCAGCCUGACCGCUUGCUGGUAGAAUCAGGGUGGGUUGAUGGCUCUCUAUUGAUAUUUGAUAGGAGACACCAGACUGGCCCAGCAGAGAACACUCAUCUUUGGGAAUGUGGGAAGCCUUGCCUUAUGGAAUGUGUGCUUUUAAAGUGUUGCCCAGUGUAAUGAAUACUCAGAAAGAACGACGGCAGGAGUUACAGGAAAACUAGACGGUAGUCUGCUAGGUUCAUCAGUGGGACAUUUGGGGAAGGGAGCCGGGUCUGCAGUGAUCUCUGAACAUUUCUGGAGGUGAAAGACUAGCUCUGAAAGGGUUUGGGCAUCUUGGGAUUUUGUCUUCCUCUCUUUGGCCCCCAUGUGAUGUUCCUGUGCUGUAAGACACCAGCAAAAGCUGAAACACGGCAAGCUGCCUUCCAGCAUGCUACUGGUAGCAGAUCUGGGGAAAGCUGUGUAUAGUAAGGCUUCCUUGGAGAAAUGGCCUGGGCUGGCAUCUUAAGGUGAGGAGGCAGGGCCAGAAGGAAAGGGACAGUAGGCAGUGAGGGAGGCUCUCCAGUCCUCCCAGGGCUCCCCUGAGGGUCAGCAGGCCCAAGCAUUCACCUCUUCACCUCGAUCAGCACGAAGGUGGUUGAUCCCCGAGGAGAGAUGUGUGAUCCAGAGACUUCUGUGCCAAAGACUGCCUCAUCGAGGCUUCGUCGCCCCAUCCUCCUCGUCUCCACAAAGCCGUGGUGCUGAGAGCACCGCCUCCUGUCUUGUAUUUAUUUUCCAGGAGAUUUUUGCUUGCAGAUGCGCCUUACCUCGGGCAGGCAGACAUGGGCAGGUUGUGAGGCUUGAAAGCACAUGGCAGUGGGAUGGACAGUCAUCCCGUCCGCUGCCCCCGGGCCUGGGAAACAACAGGUUUCAUUUACCAGAUCAAAGAUGCAGGCCAAGGCAGAAGAGAGGGUUCCUAGAAACUGAGCAGGUUUUGGAGAGCAGGUGGUGCUGAAGGUAAGAUGGCAGCAGCUGCGGACAUUGCUCUUCCUUAUCGUGGGCUGGGCCGACAAGAAGAUCCGAGGCUACUCUGCAAGGAACCACUGCCCCUGAUGGAGGAGGCCUGUCCUGCAGGCUUUCUCCUUUAGUAAGGCCUAAUGACGAUUCCCGGUGAGCUCAGAUAAGUGCGAUUUGGGAGGCGAUCAGCUUGUAUUUCACUGGGCGGCUCCUUGAACUCACCAGACACCUUUCUUUAGUUGAAAUAACACAACCCGGCACCACGCUGGGAUCCUGGGGAAUGUAACAUAAGCUUGUCUUCAUGCCAAAUUUCAGCCACACCGGAGCGUGGUCUGCAUGUUGUUGAUGAGUGUUUUCUCAGUCGCCGUCCAUGCACACCUGCUGCUCAUUUCCUGGGAGGCCGCCUUUUGGGACGGAACGACAGGAAGCUCUGCUUUAGAGGAGGGCGUGAUGGCCCCGCGGCAGUCGGCCAGUGGAGUUUCUCUCGGGACGGCAUCAGUCCAAGAAACCCAGAGUUGGUGUGACUUGACCCUGAGAUUGGGAGCAUUGAAACCAUGGGCACCAGUGGCUCUUUUGAUGCCAUUCAUGGGAUUGCAGAACAGUCGUUCUCUGUACUGUGUCCUGACGGGUGAGACAGGAGGGACAGCGAGGUCCAGAGCCACCUCCUGGGUCCAUGUUGGCCUCGUCUGUUUGAGUCUUGGGAUGGGUCAGAGCCGGGCUCCGCUCUGGCUGCGCUAAAAGGUGCUUCUGCUGAGCACAUGGGCUGCCUGUGGUGAGGGCGGGCGUACCAUCCUGGACCCCGCCUUCCUAGACGCCUACUCUAAAGGGCUGUGGAAACUGGUUGAUCUAAUUAUGAGGCUGGGGUAACACCGCUUUGGUCAUCUCCGUUUACAAAAUGAUGUUGGGAAUGGGGGUUUGCCUCUUACUUUCAAAAGUCCUCAAGAUGACUAAACCAGAAACCCGGUUUUUGAUCAAUCUACCCAGUAGGUGGUUAGCUUUUUGUUUGAGGGAUGUCUGGUCUCCCCAUAGCUGCACGGAUUAGAGCAUGCGCAGGGCUGGCUACAUUAGAAAAGAUGGGGAGGGACUUUGUUACAGGGGGUUUGCCUGUUCUUUCUUAAUCGUAUGUAUUUGAACUGCUUUCUGGGUACGGCUGUCUGAUUCCUUCUGUGUGGCAGAAAAAUGCAUUAUCCAGGUAGUUUUUACUAUUAUAGAGAGCCUGUAAAUAAGGGCUUUGAAAAAAUAACUUUAACAAACCAGUAAGAUUCUGUGUCUCAUACAUAAACAUUCUGUGUACUUAGCACUUGAAAAUAAACGCAAUCCAGACUUUUUAAAAUGCCACAUACUGUUAAAAGCCUGACUCUACUUUUUGAGAAUUUGUCAACACCUGUUAAAAUGCCUUAUUCUUCAAUGGGUGUUUUUUAGAUUCUGGAUUAAAAAAAAAAAAGAAUUUUUUAGAAAAGUAAUCAGUUGUCCAGCUUAAAUGCAAAAGGUCUAACAUAGUCAGUCCUCAGUCCUCUUAAAGAAACAGAUAAGAAAGUAGGGUUCAUAAUUAGGCCUGCCUUUCGGGAGGAGAGAGCUAAGUAUUGCUAUUGCCAAAUGAUGUUUCUGAUAAUGUAAGGAAACACAGGGACCACUAGACCUUUUUGUUUUAGAGUGUGAAAGACUAACUUAGUGCCUCUGGGCACACUUUUGAUUGUAGAGGAAAAAUGGCAUCAGCAUCGACAAAUCACAUAGAUACAAAGAACUCUAUAGAUUAUGACAACAUUAAAGAUUUACCCUGAUUCUGCAGAGCAGCUUUUUAAGAGAUACUGUGGGGGCCCCAGACCAGCACAUUUCAGGAAGAAAUGCUCCACAGGUGGAAAUGCCAAAAACAGAAAACAUAUUGUGUUGACUCACAUAAUGUAGUCGAUUUUACUAGGGCUUUUUCAAUGAAAACCAGUGACCGAGUAUUGUACGUGCUAUGCUCUCACUGGGGGGUUCUGGCUCCCUGCAGGCCGGGUGAGAGCAGGCAACAGCCGUCAUCACCCCUGUUUGACAGGCUGGCUCACCGGCCCAGGCCAGCCCUCCAGCCUCACACUGGAAAGAAGAAGGGGGGAUGCUUUUUCCUCGGUGUGGAAACGGGGCGGUGAAAGUAGAUUGUAAACAAAAACGUGACUCAGCAUGUUGAAAUGGUGCCCAUGCCAGCUGGGCCUUCACCGAAUAACCAGCCAGCGGCUCUGAACAGUCCACCCCAUUCACCUGCUCACCCUGAGGUUCAGGUCCGGCCACCAGAUGCCCUGUCCGCUGUACUUCUGUGUGCCUGCUCCCUUGAGGUCUAUGAGUUGGGAAUGCAUGGGGAAACGAUGUAUACCUGAUAGUAUUCCCAUGACAUAAACUGCCAGCAGACUUUCUACUUGUAUUUUAACUGUUGAAAAAGACAAAACAAAACAAACAAACAAAAACAACCCUUUGCUUAGGUCAUGUCCAAAUUAUGGACCGUAUUUCUUAUGUUUAGAAGUCAUUCUUUAUGUUUAAUUUUUUAAAGAAAAAAACACACCUUCUGAGGUGUUGAUCAAGUCCUCUGUGUAAAUGUGUUCUCUCUCCAUGCUGCCAUUAAGCCAAAUCAAAAGCUGUGAAUAAAAAAAAAAAAUGUAUUCAAGAAUGUGUGUUGAUGAGAAAGUGAUUUAUUUACAGAUCAAAGUCUUUGUGUCAUGAAGGUACCAAAUCUUAAAAAGAAUGUCGCCUUUUUCCCCCUGUUGUGGAACCCAGAGAUUGUAAAAAGAAAAAAAAAAAGACCUUUUGUUGCAUUUUUUAUGUUGGCACGAGGUUUUUGUCCACUUUUUUUUUUCCAUAUGUUUGUGUAUAAAAAAGUCUGCCCAUUGUUUACUAUGGGAUUAGUAUUACAUUUUGAGGUAAACAAAAGAAUUUGUAUUGCUCGAUAAACUGUUAGCCUGUACAUUUCCAGGGUUUCUUUACCUCAAUUAAAGUAAUGGACCAAUAAAUCUAUAAAAGAUG